AUGUACACUUCUACCCUCAUCCUCUCUCUCGUCGCCGCCGCGGCGGCCGCCUGCACCGGCGGCAAGAACAAGACCGCCGAGGCCGCCGCCCCGGGGGCCAAGGCCCAGUGCGCUCUCCAGUUCGACGGCCGCAUCCCCAAGGCCUUCACCGCCGCCGACUUCGACGGCAAGACCAGCCCCUUCAACACGGCCAACGUCUUCGGCAAGGGCUUGAAGUUUAGCGACCUCAUCAAGCUUCCUGGCGGCCAGUCCUUGUUCGAUGUCAACUCGACCCAGCCCUUCGAGGUCACCAUCGACGACAAGUCCAUCUUCGCCCCCUCCGCGGACAACGUCCAGAUCGGCUUCCGCCGCGCCGAGAUGCUGCCCCUCAGCAACGACGGCAAGGACGCCUCGACCCAGGGCAUCAAGACGCUGCACUUCAGCCUGCAGAAGGACGACAAGCGCCCGCUCAACCUCUCCCACGAGUACCAGCUCGCCUUCCUCGAGAGCGCCGACUUCAGCACCAACCAGAUCGUCCUCAAGACGGGCACCAUCCUGGGCCAGAACACCGAGGACCCGGACACGCUCCAGCUCUUCGGCAACGUCGCCACCAGCCCGCCCCCCGAGCUCUUCAAGACCAAGUUCACCCCCGGCGUCUUCCACAACUUUGCCAUCAAGCUGGAUUUCACUGCCAAGUACGUUUCCUUCCCCCCCCAACUUUAUGUCCCGUUAAUUCUGACAUUCGACUGCAGCACCACCGAGGUCUUCUACUCCCAGGGUACCUCCGCUCUCAAGUCCCAGGGUGCCGCCGUCCCCAACAUCAUCGCUGGCCAGGGUCAGUACCACUUCGGCAUCCUCAAGAAGCCCGUCAACGGCGGCGCCGACAUCACCAAGAGUGGCGACCAGCCCGCCGACAUCGACGAGGGCCUCAUCUACGCCGGCAUCUUCCAGGAGGACAGCGCCAACGGCUGCAUCUCCCUGUCUCCUUAA